UGCUAUGGUAAAUAUCACAUGUGACCUUGUGUGAUAACUCUUUCUCUGCCGGUAAAUUGGCAACAAUAUCCAGAACUUCCCUUAAAAGAAAACAAAAAUAGAAAUUGAUGAUAACAACUGACAACUAUCUGCAACUCACAUUAUUUUCUCCCUCUCUAUGCACAUAUAAAAAGUGGCGCUUAUUUACUGUCACAUAUUUCUGAGUCACAAGAUACGAAAGUGAAACUGGACUUAUAGGUUUACUCCUAAAAGCAAUUUCAUUUUUAAAAUUUUUAAUGUGAGAGUUGCGUUAGGAAAUGAAGAUGAAAAGUGAAGUAGACGAUGAUUUAAUUUUAUUAAUUCCCGAGAGGAAUCAAAGAAGAUAUGUUCCUAUAUUAUGGAUUCUUGUGGUCAUUGGAUUUGGACUAUGUUUUCUUAGUCUAGCUUUUUGGCAUCAUGGAUGUAUCGAAAUUCAAUUUAAUGAAAUAUUUGUGGGAAAAUCACAUUUCUCACCUGUUUGUGCAGGAAUUUCUGAUUUAGAUAAAUUUGAUUGUCAUCCAGAUGAUUAUGCUUCGGAAUUAAAUUGUCUACAGCGAGGCUGUUGUUACCAAGCUAAGAAUAAUAAUACAAAAUUUCCUCCCUUGAAUGUACCUUAUUGUUUUUACCCACCUAAUUAUGACGGUUACAAGUUACAAAAUAUCAAAAAAGAUUCUCGACACAUCACGGCUGAGUUGAAAAGAUCUUCAUCAUCUGGUUUUCCAAAUGAUAUUCUCAGUCUAUAUCUUGUGAUAACUUUUAUUGAUGAUAAUGUUCUUCGAAUUAAGAUUACUGAUCCUAAUGCUGCUCGCUUUGAAGUCCCUAUUCCUAUUAAUGAUGGGCUGAAACAGUUUACUGCACCUAAUUAUGAUGUAGCAAUUGAUUCUCAAACAGGGCAACUUACAAUUACCAGAAAUUCCUCUCAAGUUGUUAUAUUCAAAACUAAUUUGGCCCAGAUGGUUUAUUCAGAUCAAUUUCUUCAGCUGUCUUCAUAUCUUCCUAGUCCAUAUAUCUAUGGCAUUGGGGAACAUUAUGGUAGUUUUCUCAGAAAUGUAAAUUGGACAAGAUUCACAUUAUUAAAUACUGAUAAAGAGCCAACAGCAAAUUACCCUCUAUAUGGAAGCCAACCAUUUUAUUUGUCUCUUGAAGAAGAUGGGAAUGCUAAUGGUGUCUUCUUGUUCAAUAGCAAUGCCAUGGAUGUUAUUCUUCAGCCUACUCCUGCCAUAACUUUCAGACCUAUUGGAGGAAUUUUUGAUUUUUUUGUUUUGCUUGGACCGUCCCCAGCUAAUGUUAUUCAGCAAUACACAAACAUUGUAGGCAGGCCUUUUAUGCCACCUUAUUGGAGUUUAGGAUUCCAUCUGUGUCGCUAUGGUUACAGUUCAGUGAAUCAAACGAGAGAAACUAUGCAACGUAAUCUUAAAGCUGGUAUUCCAUUGGAUGUCCAAUGGAAUGAUAUCGAUUACAUGGACAAGUUUAAGGAUUUCACCUACGAUAAAGAUAAAUUCGCUAAUUUACCUGAAUUUGUGGAAGAGUUGCAUAGUAAAGGAAUGCAUUAUGUAGUCAUAACUGAUCCCGGUAUUAGUAGUUCUGAAAAGCCUGGUACUUAUCCUCCUUUUGAUGAUGGUGUGAAAGCUGAUAUAUUCCUGAAAAACCCAAAUGGUUCUCUGUUCAUUGGAAAGGUUUGGACAGAUGGAGGAACAGUCUUUCCAGAUUUUAGUCAUCCUAAUGCUACUGAUUAUUGGUCAAAACAGAUAACUGACUUUCAUUCCCAAGUGCAAGUGGAUGGUCUGUGGAUUGACAUGAACGAACCUUCCAAUGUCAUUGACGGUGGUGUGGAUGGCUGUAUAAAGUCCUCCUUUGAAGAUCCUCCUUACUUGCCAGGAGGGAAUAAUCCUCUUCGUCACAGGACCGCAUGCAUGACAUCGAAACACUAUAAGACAAUUCAUUACAAUGAGCACAAUUUGAUGGGAUACAGAGAGGCUGCAGCAACUAAUCUCGCAUUAAAGAAAAUUCGACAGAAACGCCCUUUCGUAAUAUCAAGAGCAACGUUUCUUGGUCAAGGAGCGCACAGUGGCCAUUGGAGUGGAGACAUUUCUUCUACAUGGGAAGACAUGCGUUAUAGUAUUCCUUCAAUACUGAAUUUCAAUCUUUAUGGAGUUCCUAUGGUUGGAUCUGACAUCUGCGGCUUCAAUUUUAAUACCACAGUUCCUCUUUGCGCCAGAUGGCAAUCCCUUGGAGCCUUUUAUCCAUUUUCAAGAAAUCAUAAUGAUGCGAGUGCUGUGGAUCAAGACCCAGCUAUCUUAGGCCCUACGGUGGUUGCAGCUGCUGUAAAAUCCUUGCAAGUACGCUAUAUGUUGCUGCCAUAUUUAUAUACUUUAUUUGCUCGAAGCCAUAUCUAUGGUGAUACAGUUGCAAGACCAUUAUUUUUUGAAUAUCCUCAAGAUAAAACUACUUAUUCCAUUGAUGAGCAAUUUUUCUUAGGCCCGGCAUUUAUGGUUAUUCCAGUUCUAUACGAGGGUGCUGAAAAUGUAACUGCUUAUAUUCCCAAAGGAAAAUGGUGUGAUACUACUGGAAAACUAUUCAACAGCACUGGCGAGAAAAUUUCGAUGCAGGUCUCUUUAACUGAUAUAGUAACUGUUUACCGAGGCGGGUAUAUUUUACCUCUUCAGUUACCUGCAAAUAAUACGGCUUUCAGUCGUAAGAACGCUUUUGUUUUGAUGUGUACUUUGGAUGAAAACUUUCAAGCUAAAGGUGAACUCUACUGGGAUGAUGGUGAUUCUUUAGAUACAUACACAGAUGGAAAAUAUAAUCUUAUUGAAUUCUCUAUAAAAAAUAAUACCCUUACAUCUAGUGUGGUGAAAAAGGGAUACAAUGAUUCAAUGAACCUGAAUAUGAUUCAAAUAACUGGCACCAACAAACGUCCUACAACUGUAUCAUUGAAUGGUGUGAAUUGUACUGAAAAAUCUGUAGUCACAAAUCAACAAGCGAGCUUAUUCAGUCCCAGAAAGAUGCCUGAAUUUCUUGAAGAAAACGCACGAAAAGCCGAUUUUUGCCUUUAUAUGUCUUCUGACAUUGGCUUUAUGGUUGUGAUUAAUACUAUCCAUUUGCUGUCUCCCUUCAAUAUAGUUUGGAAUUGAAGUGACAUGAAGAGUGGCGAAAUAGUGGCUUAGGACAAUUUUUUUAAAUCAGAGAUUUUUGAAAUUAUCAUUCAAAUAUUGCAACAUGAUAAAAUGUGGAAUUGUAUAAAAAUGUAUAUACAGGAUGAUUCGAAAGGUAACUGAUAAACUUUAGGAAAGUCAAGUUAUGUCAAAGUAAAUCAGUUUUAUAUAGGAACAUGCAAGCGAGAACACUACAAGAAUGCUGUUUUGCUAUAAAUGAAUUGGCAUACAAAGCAUGCAUAUUUAAAGGUGGCCCUAUUAAUAGUUAACUGUUUCGACCUUUUCAGAAAAUGCAUAUCUAAAUUGUCAUAUAUAUAUAUAUAUAUAUAAGUUUUUCAGAAAUCUUUCGAAUCGCAGCGUGUGUGUUUUUACAUGCCUAUAAUAAAAUGAUAUGAAAAUUAUUUGGAAUUUUUAUGAAUUAUAAAUCUUAUUUAUAAUUGUGUUAGAUUGAAAUGUAUAUUUAAUGAAAAUCUGAAUUUCACUCUAAUUUUAAAGAUUUUUGCAAUUUAUUUAAAAUAUUUUAUUAUAUACUUAUAUUAUAUUUAGAAAAUGUUAUACUCUAGUUGCAUCAGUUAUUUUUGAUAUAUUUAAUGUAGACGAAAUGUAGAAUGUAGAAUUAAUUGUUGCAUUUUAUUAUUUUAUUUUUAGAUGUCGAUUUUUUUUAAUACUUAAGACAACUGCUUUUUUCCCAUCGGCAAUUAUAUUCAUUUUACUUAAAAAUUCGAUUGUUUUUUAAUCAUUUUUAAAUUGGCCGUUCGUGGAAAGUUGCAGUACUGUUAAAUGUCACAAUUACAAUAUUGGCUAUUUGUCAGUUUCAUCAUAAUCAUUUUUAAAACAGUAUUGUGAUCAAGCUUAUAUGGAUAAUUAUUUUUAUACCAAUGCUAAAUUAAAUCGAAAAUUGUAAUUAAUUUUCAAAAUCUUAUUUUUCUUAAAUAUUAAAAAUGUUUUUGAAAAUUAUUUCACAUUGAAAUCUAUCAAAUAACUGAAGAGCAAUGAUUUAUAAGUUAAUUCAUUGGGUUAAUGCUCUUUGUUGUACAUGUAACUCAAGUAUUAGUGAGAUUAAAUUUUUUUAUUUUAAAUUAUUUUUUCUGAAGAUUUUAUAUUUUCUAAUGUCCUAUUUCUAGAAGAAUGCUUCACAAAAUUUGAUUAGUUAAAGGUAUUAUAUUUGGCAAGUUUGUUUUAAGUUGCUUAUUUGAUUAAUUUAGAAUAUGUUACUUGUAAUAGGGGAUUGAAUACCUUGCAAAAAAUGAAAUGCAAUUUUUAGAAAAUCAGUCAGGUAGUUAUUUUUAAUGUUGCCAUCGUAAAUAAAAUUAAAGUGCCAAACAUUAUUGUGAUACCGAAAAUGAAUAGAUGAAGUAAAAUAUUUUUUGAUAAUUUAUAAUAUUAUGUUAUGUGUUGGUUGCAUAGUUUUUCAGAAUUUAUGAAUUGUUAAAUAUAUAAUUAAACUAUUACAAAAAUGCAUGUUAUCCAUAAAUUGUCACUAUUCAUAUAUUUAUUUGAUUCGAUUUUAUUGAGAUUAUUAAAAAAUAUUUUUGUUGAUAAUAUUUGGUCAACUUUUUGUUGCAACUGAGUACACUUCAGUAGCUUUAUAGUUUAUUACUAGUAAAAUGGCUAAGGAUUUGGUUAUCGUAGACUACAUUCUGGAAAUUUAUCAAUAAUUUAAUUGGAAUGGAGCAAUGGAAAUUUAUUAUAAUUUUUUCAUAAUAGUGUCAAAUAAUUUGUGACUGUGAUUUCUAUUUUGCUUCAUUAUUCUUGUGCUUUGAGUUAAUGCCUUUUUCUGUGAUGUGUAUUCAAUUUUAUUUCAACUUAAUUU